AUGGCGUUGAGUAUUAGUAGAAGUAGAAGAAAAAGAGUUGAAUCGGCGUUACUUUUUUUCUUGUGUUUGUUUCUUUGCUCCUUUUUGGAUCUGGUAACUGCACAUCAAGGUCACUCGCAUUCUGAAUCUAGUAGUAAUAUCCAUCAUCAUCACUGUGGUGGUGAUGAUCAUCAUCAUCAUCAUGACCAUCACCAUGGUCAUGAUCAUGAUCAUGGCCAUGCUCGCCAGUCGAUGCUUCCAGAGGAGUUAGCGGAAGAGGAGGAUAUGAAACUCUACGGGUUUGGUUUACCACAUCACGACCUUCACUUUAUUGGCUCCACUGAACUAUCGGGUUUAGGGCUUUGGUUGAAUGCACUGGGCUGUUCAUUUCUGGUGAGUAUGGCUUCCUUGAUUUGCCUCAUUAUCCUGCCUGUAAUUUUUGUUCAAGGGAAACCAUCCAAGGCUGUUGUUGAUUCAUUGGCUUUAUUUGGGGCAGGAGCUAUGUUGGGGGAUGCUUUUCUUCACCAACUACCGCAUGCGUUUGGUGGUGAACAUUCCCAUUCUCAUAGCGACCAUGCAGACCAUGACCACGAUGCUAGUUCUGGACAUGGACAUUCACAUUCCUUAGCUGAUCUUUCUACUGGAAUGUCAAUCCUGGCUGGAAUUGUACUCUUUCUUCUUGUGGAGAAGCUAGUGAGGUAUGUCGAAGAGAACUCGGGAGGAGCCAAUUCGUGGGGGCAUGGACACCAUCACCAUAACCACAACAGCAAGAAAAAAUUGAAAGAUGAUAAUAAUUCUGAUGUCAACGAUCAGUCACAGUCUAUCAAACCAAAAAAAGAAAGAUUGCUAGAUGAGGGGAAAGAAGACAAUGACGUAUCACUUGACUCAUCGAAGGGAGAUAAGCUAGCUCAAACUGAAUCUUCUCUUAGAAAGAGAAUUGGAAGCAAUACAACCAAAGAUGAUAGUCUCAAUGAUAAUGCUGAAGAUAGCUCCUCUGAUAAUAUCAAACCUUCAAUUGUUAAAGAACCAGUUAGACCAGCAAGUAGUCUUGUGUUUGGCUAUCUCAAUCUUUUCUCUGAUGGAGUUCAUAAUUUCACUGAUGGAAUUGCAUUAGGAAGUGCAUUCAUGCUUUAUGGAUCAGUUGGUGGCUGGUCUAGAACUCUGUUUUUGUUGGCACAUGAAAUUCCUCAAGAGAUUGGUGAUUUUGGUAUUUUGAUAAGAUCUGGUUUCAGCAUACCAAAAGCUUUGUUCUUCAACUUUUUAUCAGCACUUGUGGCACUUGCAGGCACUGCAUUGGCUCUGCUUUGGGGGAAAGAUCCUGGGCAGUCAUCUCUGAUUGAGGGAUUUACAGCAGGUGGAUUUAUAUACAUAGCCAUUGCAGGAGUGCUUGCAGAAAUGAAUAGCAAUGGGAAGACAACGUUUAGAAGUACGGCUGUCCAUAUAAUCUCACUGACAAUGGGCAUGGCUGUUGCCCUUGGCAUUUCCCUUAUAGAAUAA